AUCCUGUCCUAUUUUCUGUUGACGUAUAUGGAGGGUUAUGAAAAAUGGCGGCGCUCAGCACUGAGUUUGGCGAUUUGGUGCAAAUUAAAAAGCAACUAAUUUCUAUAAUAUCGCAAUGUAGAGAGAGGGGGCUGGUGCAUAGUGUGAAGUGGGCUUCAGAGCUGGCCUUUGCCUUGGACCCUCUCCCAGUACACGAACACCCCCCACCUACUGAACUUACCGAAGAGGACGCGCAGGAUUUUGACGCUCUCUGUCUGGCAAAAUCAUACUUUGACCUGAAGGAGUAUGAUCGCGCUGCGUAUUUUCUCCGGGGCUGCCGCAGUAAAAAAGCCUACUUCUUGUACAUGUACUCCCGCUACCUGUCUGGAGAGAAGAAGAAGGAUGACGAGACAGUGGACAGCCUUGGGCCCCUGGAGAAGGGCCAGGUGCGGAAUGAGGCUCUCAGGGAGCUGAGGGUGGAACUGAGCAAGAAACACAGUGCUGGUGAGCUGGAUGGAUUUGCCUUAUACCUUUAUGGGGUGGUGCUGCGAAAGCUGGAUCUGUUGAAGGAGGCGGUGGAGAUCUUUGUGGCAGCUGCACACGCCUUGCCUUUGCACUGGGGGGCCUGGCUGGAGCUCUGCAAUCUUGUCACCAACAUUGAGAUGCUGAAGUCGCUGUCUCUGCCUGACUGCUGGGUGCGUGACUUCUUCCUGGCUCACAUGUACACGGAGCUGCAGAUGAUCACAGAAGCCCUGCAGAAAUACCAGAGUCUCAUCGAGGCAGGCUUCUCCAAGAGCACCUACAUCAUCUCACAGAUCGCAGUCGCCUACCACAACAUCAGAGACAUCGAUCAGGCUUUAGCUCUGUUUAAUGAGCUUCGGGAGCAGGACCCCUUCCGCAUCGAGAACAUGGACACCUUCUCCAACCUGCUCUAUGUCAGGAGUAUGAAGCCAGAGCUCAGCUAUCUGGCCCACAACCUGGUGGAGAUUGACAAGUACAGAGUGGAGACCUGCUGUGUGAUCGGCAACUACUACAGUUUGCGCUCCCAGCACGAGAAGGCUGCCCUGUACUUCCAGCGCGCUCUCAAGCUCAACCCACGCUGCCUAGGGGCCUGGACCCUAAUGGGCCACGAGUAUAUGGAGAUGAAGAACACCUCCGCAGCUAUACAGGCCUACAGACAUGCAAUAGAGGUAAACAAGCGAGACUAUCGUGCCUGGUACGGACUUGGACAGACCUACGAAAUCCUCAAGAUGCCUUUUUACUCCCUCUACUACUACCGCAAGGCCCACCACCUCAGACCUAAUGAUUCACGGAUGCUGGUUGCACUUGGUGAAUGUUACGAGAAACUCAACCAACACGUUGAGGCUAAGAAGUGUUACUGGAGGGCGUACUCAGUGGGAGAUGUGGAAAGGAUGGCUCUGCUCAAACUGGCCAAAUUGCACGAACAGCUCCAUGAAUCGGACGACGCUGCACAAUACUAUAUCAUCUAUAUUCAAGACAUUUUCUCCUGUGGGGAGCAGUUGGAGCAUGCUGAGGUGAGCACGGCCCUCCGGUAUCUGGGCCAGUACUACUUCAAGAACAGGAUGUAUGACGAGGCCUCCUUCUGCGCCCAACGCUGCUGUGACUACAAUGAUGCUCGUGAGGAGGGGAAGGCGCUGCUGCGACAGAUAGCGGCGGUGCGGGAGCAGGGGGACGUGUCCUCGCCUGAGAUGACUAGUGCUGGCGGCGUCUUCACCCCGCUGUCCAACAACAACAACAACGCCACGCCCAUCAGGAGAGUUUCCCCACUGGACCUGUCCUCGGUCACACCCUAGCAUGCAUACACAGGCCCAGUUAGACCCCCCCCACACACAAACUCAUCUGGAGUAACCACUGGACCUGUCCUGUCGCGCCCAUCACGGACAAACACAUGCUCACGCAGGCCAAUUGGGAGUGUCUCCAGUAGACCUGUACACACACCCCCCCCCUGUCCACAACUUUCAACAACUGGACCCGUUCCCCGUCAGCACGGACACAUCUGUGCUGGUGUGUGAAUCACAACAGGUGUACAUAGACACCAAACACUGGUGCUGUCUGUAGCAUACCCCUUACAUCCUUCUGUAGCCUCUGUUAUGAGUUCAUGAAUAAGUGUUAAUAUACUCUCCAUUUCUACACCACAGACCAUCACCAUGUAAAUAUUUAUGGAUUUCAGAGGGAAUGGCUUGUUUGAUCCAUUGUGGAAAUAAACUUCUUUUUUUCUA